CGCUCGCUCGCAUUAGUAAGGGACGUCACGCGUUGAUAGCGUAACGAUACGUGCUCGUAAGCGAGCUUGUGUACUACGAAGAUAGAUCUUUGAGCCGCUGCCGCGUCGUUCGACGGGUACGAGCGCGCGCAGCCGCGCGCGCCUAAUUUUUAUAUUGACAAAACGAUAAAUACAAAUUAAAAGAAUGGCCGCGAAAAAUACUACCGAUUUAGUUGACUAUCUCGGAGAUUAUAGACGAUACUUCGAAGAAUUCAUCCGAAAAAUCAAUCCGGAGGAUCAACUGCCUAUGAAGGUUAAUGCAUACAGUAUUACGCAAACGGAACUUGUUGGGGAGAUCAUCUACUUGACGCUGCAGUACAUUAAACAACCACGUUGUCCAUGCAGUCUACAAGGAUAUCUCGUUCGCCUUGUAUUACAAGAAAUAAAGGAUUUGUGCGAGAAACAACCAGAAGAAUGUGGGUUCAAGUUGGAAACAAAAACAUAUGCUCCACUGAAACUUAUGCAAGCAGUUACAAGCAAAGUAAAUGAAAUAUUUACUCGCUAUUUAGACAAUAGUAGAUUAGUAACGUUACCUCCACCUUCUUCAAAAUUGCCACCUUUGGCAAGAAGCGGAGCAUUGAAGAAUGGCAAAAGAAAAAUGGAGGAUAGGCAUGUAGAAAUUUAUGACUUACAUACCACUUGUAAUGUACAGAAUGACUCCUUAGCAAGUUACUUCGCAGUAUUUGAUGGGCAUGGAGGAGAAGAUGCCGCUGUCUAUUGCGCUACACACUUGCAUCAGUAUUUAGCAGAGAGUAUAUAUUAUCCUACAGAUCCAGAGCGUGCCUUAUGCGACGCUUUUCACACUACAGAUACAAGAUUUAUAGAAAAAGAGAGAACUCAAAAAGUAAUUGGAGGUACAACCGCAGUCUGUGUAUUAUUGUUGGAUAAAAAAUUAUAUAUUGCUUGGGUAGGAGAUUCUUUGGCUAUGCUAGCUAAACGUGGCAAAGUGGAAGAAUUAGUAUAUCCUCAUAGACUAUCUCGAUAUGAUGAAUCUGAGAGGAUACAACAAAUGGGUGGAAUGCUGGCAUUCAAUCAGGGUACAGUGCGAGUUAAUGGAGUUCUGGCCGUAUCUCGUGCUAUUGGAGAUGUAAAAUACAAACCCUACGUAACGAGUGUUCCUGAUACGCGUUGCAUUUCUCUAGACGGUACCGAGGAUUUUAUUAUCAUUGCUACCGACGGAGUCUGGGAUUUUGUCAACACGUACAAUGCUGCUAUGAUCGUUUACGUAGCGAUACGAGAAUAUCCUGACGAUCCAAAUUACGCUGUAACGAGCUUGAUAAAAGCAGCCAAACACGCAGGCUCGUUGGACAAUAUUACAGCGAUUGUAGUCUUCUUAACGGCACCGAGUGAUAUAGCAGCGAGGUCGACCGACGUAAAUUCUGUUCUUGUCGUGAAAUCGAUGAAAAACAUGGCCUUAAAUAAUCCAUACGUACAAAAGGAUCUAAGCGAUGGCAUGUUCUUUAAGCAGAUGAAGCAAUACCAACAGCAGCAUCAGCAAUCGUACGAUAACGAUCAAGAAGAGAUGCACGCUAAUGGAUCGGAUGAAACGCCAAUGGAUGACGGUGGUUUUCACGAUGAGAUAACUUGUGGAGGUGCUGAUGGAAAACACGAAGAGAACGAUGCCGCGGAUUACAUUUACGAGGAUCUUGGACCAGAGACUGACGUUGAUGCUGUCGAUGACGCGAAUAAUACAGACAACGUGGACGAUGUUCUCGAAAAUCCGCUUCUCGACAAUGCUCCUAUUAUUGCAGACAAUUUCUCGCACGGCAUUUCCCAGAGGGACAAAAAUAUGCUUAAGGACGAGAACAAUUUCCAGGAAGAUAAUACAGACCUCAAAGUUACUCUCGAAACGACGACCCUUGACGACGAGGAUUCGUCGGCCAACAACGAUAUCAAAGCUCUUCAGCAUGCAUUGUUACCCGAAGCGGAUAAUGUAGCGGAUAGCGAGGAUUCCGAGGACGAGUGGAAUUACUAUCGCGUUGGGCCAAACAAAGAGAAAGAUACUGCUGCAACUUCCGAAGAGCUCCGCGAAAUAAAGAACGACAACGAAAUUAAGAACGUUGAACACCUCGACGAAGAUAAUAACGUAGAAGAAUUAUCUCGGUUUCCAACAUCCGAGCAUAAUAACAGCAGCAGCAGCAGAAGCAGCAGCAGUAGCAGCGAAUGCGAGAGUCAAAAAGGGGAAGAAGUAUUACCCGAGCUUAGUAACACUGAUAUUGGCAUCGAAGAAAAACGAAUUGACUCCGCGUUCCUGAACGAAGUUGAAAAGAAAGAAGAAAAAGAAGAAGAAGAAAAAAGAAACGAAGGAAGCGACGAGGAUAAAGAGUAUAAACGAGAAGAAGAGGAGGAGGAAGAGUAUAAACGAGAAGAAGAGGAAGAAUAUUAUAAUAAACAAGAAGAAGAAGAAGAGGAAGAAAAAAAUAUGGAUUCUCAACUGAAUCCUAACGCGGCGGAAUUUGUUCCGGUCUCGUCGCCAAAGUGUACGGUUAAAAUCAGGGCGAUAAAUGAUAGUUUCGUUGCAGGCUCUCCUAUGAAAACAACAAUGAUGGACGAUAUAAUGAUACCGAGCCAACAAGAAUUUGACGAGGAAAUAUCUGCUAGGCCUCAUGAAAUCGAUGAAAAAGAAUCAUCGUCUAAUGGCAAUCAUGCAGCCCAUUCCGAUUAUGAUUUUUAUACGGAACAACAGAAAAUAAUGAACCCAGCAACCGCAACUGCUACCGCCGCCGCUGGUCUAGACGAAUCUGAAAUCUCUUCCACCAAAGCCGAAUAUGGAGAUGAUACGAUAAACUUUUUAUGUACAACAAGUACAGAUGUACAUAAAACUGAUAUCUCAACGAUGGGAGAAGAGUCCUUUGGGGAUUCCGAUUGCGAUAUUUAUAAUAGAGAUAAUCCAAUGACAAUUUCUUAUACUCCGUGCGAUUUCAAAGCAGCGUUUAAUAAAGAAGUCGAUUUAAAUGCUGUUCAUGAUCUAAGCGAUGAAGAUUUAGAAGAUGAAAAUUAUUCUUCCGAAAUACAAACUUCCUUCCAGUCCCCAAAAGCGACGGAUUUGGGACGUCGUAUUGAAUUGGAUAUAUUAUCAAACGGAGAUUCUAAUGAAAUGCAAACGUCAUCUUUAUUGUCAAAGGACGAUAAUAACACUUUCCUAAAGCUUCAAGAUUCUGUUGAACCGAAAAAUACAGAAUUUAUUCAAGUUGAAUUGGAGCAUCAUCCGUCGUCGUCUCCACUCGAUACAUCAUUCGAGCACGAUUUUUCGAAAAAACAGGAUAAUAAAUCUUUCGAUUUGUUAGAAAAUAAGGAAGAGGCGAUGAGUGUUGGACAACGAGAAGAAGAAGAGGAAAAAGAAAAGGAAGAGGAAGAAGAAAAAGAAACCGAACGAGCGGAAACUCACAAAGAAGCGGAAUACGUCGACGAUGAAAAAGAUAUCGCGGCAAACGACGAUAUUAUUUUGGGCAAGGACAACAGCGAGCUUAUCGUAGAUAAAUCAGUCGAAAUUGCAACGGAUUUAAUUCAAUCGGAAAUUUUCAAAGAUACUACGAUAUCCCAAGAUCAAUACAACUUUUUGUCAUCUACGAUCGAUGAAUCGUCAAAAUUAAAUCCUUCGUGUAUGUCUUCGAUCGAAACGGCGGAACUCGUGGAAACAUCUGCGGAACCUUUGAAAAACGGUCUAAUCUCUUCCAUGGAAAAUCUCAAAUUAACUACAGGAGAGGAAGAACGUCCUAUUAUGGUUUUUAACUUAUGCUCAGAGGUUCAAGAAUUUCAACCAAGUGAGAGUUCCGUCAAUCCGUUUUGUACCGAAGAACCAGUUAUGUCCGAUAUCGGAUCGAAACAAUCACUUUUAGAAGAUUCUCCAAUGCAACCACAACCUGAUUUAACGGAGAAUUGUUAUAAGGAAUCAGCCUCUUUUCUACCAACGCUUGUCUCAGAGACGGUCUCCGACAAUGAUCGACCUACUGAAAAUUUGUUAAAACUUAACGAAACUACUACUCAAGUUCCUACAAUAGAUCACAUCGAAGAAAGCAAAGCCGACGAAUAUCCUAAAUCUUGUUCUUUCGAAGAUAUUAGUAAGAAACCAUCGCAACAUAUGGAUGAAUCCGUAUGUAUUAUUAAUACGGAUGACAAACAAAUUCAUAUGGAGUGGGAAAGUUCUUCAGAAAAGAAAUCUACUGACGAUAUGAAAGUCGAUGAUACGAUUGAGUUAGAUUUGCCAGAAUUAGAUGAUUCAAAGGACCUAAUAAUGCAGCAACCCGAUUCAACGGAGAAUCAUCAAAAAGAAUCAUCUUCUUUUCUACCAACGCUUGCCUCGGAGACAGUCUCCGAAAAUGAUCGACCUACUGAAAAUUUGUCAAAACUUAACGAAACUACCACUGAAGUGCCUAUAAUAGAUAACAUCGAAGAAAACAAAACUGACGAAUAUCCUCAAUCUUAUUCUUUCGAUGAUAUUACAGAGAAAAAAUCUACUGACAAAAUGGAAGUCGACGUUAAUGAAUUUGAAAAAGUCGAUGAUACGGUUGCGUUAAAUUUGUCAGAAUCUAUACAAGAAUUUACAGGUUUAGAAAAACAAUUAGAGCCUGAAAAUUUUACACCCGAGGAAUCUCCAAUGGCCGAAUUGACUCCAAGCAUCGAAGAUAAAAUGAUGAACGAAAACAUUGUCGAACAUAAAGAGUCAGUUGUACAAGAAGCUGUCGAAGAAAACUUACUUUUAGAUACGAAAGAGGGAGAAGAAGAAGAAGCAUUAGAAGCUAAGGAAGAUGUCGAAAUUGUACAAGUUACAGAAUCAGUUGGUAUUACAGAAUCGACAGAGUUGUCAAAGCCUACAGAACUUGUGACACCCAUAGAAGAUAUUGUAAUUGAAAAAGCUUCGGAUGCUUUCGAACUAGAAAAACCCUUAUCAACGCCUACAGAUACCGAGACAACUGUCCUUUCUACGGGAAUCGAAGAGAGCGAGGAAUCUGCGAAAAAUAUAGAAAUGACCAAAUCCGUAGAUACUACUACCACCAUGGGAAUGAUAGAAACUGCAGAAAUUGCAGAGCCUGUUAAUAUUGCUAAAACUGUAGACAUUACUGAGGCUGUACCGGCAACGAUGGUGCAGGAUGUAGAAGAACAGAAAGUGAUCGAACCUUUAAAAGUAGAAGAACCUUUAAAAGUAGAGGAACCUUUGAAAGUAGAAGAACCUCUAAAGGUCGAAGAACCUCUAAAAGUUGAAGAACCUCUAAAAGUCGAAGAACCUCUAAAAGUCGAAGAACCUCUAAAAGUUGAAGAACCUCUAAAAGUAGAAGAAGGAAAAGUGAGACCAGCUUUAGCUGCAGGAACAGUCACAGCAGCAACACCUGCUACUAACGCAAGCAGCAACAAAACCAAAGUAAAGCCUACGACGACUCGAUCAACGAAGCCUGGCAGCUCAAGUACUAAAGCUGCACCACCAAAGUCUACUCCAACUUCGCCCUCUAAGAAUGUCACUUUGGUGGCCAAAUCUUCAAGUUCGACAGCAGCAACAGCGACGACGAAGAAAGCGACUGGAAGUGUAGCUGCUCGUCCUAAACAUCUGGAUACGGCGCCCACUAAAUCUUUAACUUCUACUAAUGCAGCAAAAUUAACAACAACGACGAAGACGGCUAGCAAAACAUCGGCAACAACGACAUCGUCAACGACGAAGACUGCUGCGCGUCCAAGCAGUGCCCAAACGAAAUCAAAGCCUUUACCAGCUUCGGCGAGAAGUACUACUACUAGCUCGGUUGAAAAGAAAUCUACUUCUAGUAGCGAUGCUAAAUCUUUGAGUAAGACAACCACAAAAGCUGCUGCUGCUACCACCAAAUCGACUAGCACCUCUGCUUCAGCUAAAACAAGUGCAAGUAAAACUACGAUGGGUUCGCGAACAUCGACUACCGCGAUAACGUCGACGACGACAACGACGAUCGGCAAAUCAAGACCUACUUCCGCUACAACGGCAGCUAAAUCACCUGCUAAAUCAGCAGGUACGAAUGCAACGAGUGGUGCUGGUUUAUCAAAUGCAACGAAAUCUAAAACAACUGCGACUAGUAAUAACACGACCAAGACGUCGCGUACUUCUUCAGCAAAAUCACCAAUGAUCGACAAACAAAUCAAAGAGACUGCUAACAAGCAAAUCUCUAUGUCUCGUACUACGAGUUCUCCAGUAACUAAAACAACAACUCGUUCUAUGUCCGCUGCAACAACCCUUAAUUCUAAUACAACAAAACGUAUAUCGAGUCAAAAAUUAACUAGCACAACAACAUCAACGUCAGGACACUCGCCAAUUAAAAAAGUUACAUCUAAAGUUUCGUCUGGACAGUCGUCGAGUGCUACUAAAUCAUCCUCGACGACUAAAGUGAAAGUAAUGCAAAAUGGUACUGCGGAUAACGCCGAAAUCACGAAAACAACAACGACGACGACGACGACGAUAAUAAAUACAGAUAGUAAAAACGAGGAUGACGUACCUAAAAAAGAUUUGUCUCCUGUAGUCGCACACACCGAUAAUCAGUUGAUCUCGAGUGCCGAUUGAAUGGCUCUACGAUAAAAGAGCAUAUCUUGUAUGGAUCCGCUAAUUAUUAUAAUACGAGCCCGGAUCCUUUUCAAAUUAGGCGGAUCGUUAUCGUUAUCGUUAUCGUUAUAUACUACUAAUCAUUUUUCUUUUCUUUUUCUUACUAUUUUUUUUUUUUCACGAAGAGGAUUUAAAUAAGAUCCCAUAAUCCUUUGGUAGCGUUUUAAGGAACAUUUAUCGAAGGAAAACAUUUUUACUCUACCUACGCGUAAAUAUAACAUAUAUAUAUAUAUAAUAUAUAUAUGUAAUGGAAUACACACACAGAGAAAGAAGAGAAAAAAAGCAAAAAAAAAAUAACCCACAUUGGAUUUGUUUUAUCUUGUGACUAAGAAACGACAUACACAACUAUAAGAAAUUUUAUCGCAUAUUAUUAUUACUCUUAGCUUUUCCAACCGUGUUUCGGUUGCGUGCCGCAAAGGAUUACCCAAUUAGAUAUCUAAAUCGGUGAGGAUGGAAAACAAUGAAAUAUUAUAUAUGAAAGAAAAAGAAAAUUAAAAAAAAAAUAAAAAAAAAAUAAAUAAAUAAAAAUUAAAAAAAAUUAAAAAGUAAUAGAAGGAAAAAAAAGAUGAACCAAUCGAGGGUAAAAGAACAACGGGAAAGAUUUUGUGUGAGCGUGAUAAUUGUAUGAAUGUAUCUUUGAAUGAAAGGACGAAAGAAAGAGAUGGAAAGAGAGAGAGAGAGAGAGAGAAACAGGAAAGAAAGAAAGAUUGACAAAGAAGAGAAACAGAGAAAAGAUUCUGAAUAAUUUUGUUGUGUAAAUAAUCAGAUGUGUUUUCGAAGUGAUUUUAUCGUAAUUAUCUCGUGAUCCAUCUAAGGAUUGCGAAAAGUCAUCUGGUGCUCGUAAAAUGGCCCCCCUGCCCGUAGUUCACAGCAGAAGAACUAACAAAACUCGUAUGUCCUACGAUGAAAUUUAGCGAAGAUAAAACAUUGUCGUAUAUUAUUAACAAUGACAAGAAAAUGAUGGAGAAUAAUAAGCUUAACGCAUCGCACUUUCAUACGCUAAUAAAAUCGACGAUAUCGAAUAAGUCGCCAGUAUAAUAUUAUUGCUCUUAACGUAUAUAAACGAGACCGGACGGUUUUUUUAUAUUUUUUAAUUUUAUAUGUGCAUUAUAUAAUUGAUAAAGAUUAGUCGUCGUAUUUUAUGAAAAAAAAAAAAAAAA